CCGCGCACGUUGACUCCAGGAUGUUAGGGACUGUGAAAAUGGAAGGGCACGACGCAAGCGAGUGGAACAGUUACUACGCCGAGACUCAGGAGGCCUACUCCACGGUGCCAGUGAGCAACAUGAAUUCCGGCCUGGGCUCCAUGAAUUCCAUGAACAGCUACAUGAGCAUGAACGCCAUGACCACCAGCGGCAACAUGACUUCGGGCUCCUUCAACAUGUCCUACGCCAACCCGAGCCUGGGGCCCGGCUUGAGUCCCGGCGGCACCGGAGCCAGCAUGAACAGCAUGUCAGGCAUGGGGUCGGCGCUGAGUCCCGGCGGCAUGAACGCGAUGGGCGGCCCGCAGGCUUCGCUGAACGGGCUGGGCGCCUACGGGGCCAUGGGCCCCUGCAUGAGCCCCAUGGGCUACGCCUCCUCCAACCUGAGCCGCGGCCGCGACGCCAAGAGCUUCAAGCGCAGCUACCCGCACGCCAAGCCGCCCUACUCCUACAUCUCGCUCAUCACCAUGGCCAUCCAGCAGGCGCCCAGCAAGAUGCUGACGCUGAGCGAGAUCUACCAGUGGAUCAUGGACCUCUUCCCUUACUACCGCCAGAACCAGCAGCGCUGGCAGAACUCCAUCCGCCACUCGCUCUCCUUCAACGACUGCUUCGUCAAGGUGGCCCGCUCGCCGGAUAAGCCGGGCAAAGGCUCUUACUGGACGCUCCACCCGGACUCGGGCAACAUGUUCGAGAACGGCUGCUACCUCCGGCGCCAGAAGCGCUUCAAGUGCGAGAAGCAAGCCGGGCCCAAGGGCGGAGGCGAGGGAAGGAAAGACCCGGGGGUCGGGGCCGGCUCCCCCUUGCACCGAGGCCAAGCCAAAGGCGGGCAGCUCGAGGCCGCCCCGUCCAACCCCGGCGCCGCCAGCCCGCAAGCCCUGGACCAAAACGGGACCGGAGCCGAGCUGAAGCCCUCCGUGGCUGCUGCUGCUGCUGCUGCUGCUGCUGCUGCAGCUGCAGCGGCCGCCUCGGUCCCCGGCGGGCCGGCCUUGGCCCCCUUGAGUCACCCGGGCCACGCGCUGGGACCCCACGAGCCGCCGCUGCACCUGAAGGGCGACCCCCACUAUUCCUUCAACCACCCCUUCUCCAUCAACAACCUCAUGUCCUCCUCCGAGCAGCAGCAGCAGCACAAGCUGGACUUCAAAGCCUACGAGCAAGCGCUGCAAUAUUCCUCCUACGGGGCCGGCCUGCCCGGCGGCUUGCCCCUCAGCAGCGCCUCCAUGGGCGGGAGGGGAGCCAUUGAGCCCUCGGCCCUGGAGCCCUCCUACUACCAAGGUGUGUAUUCCAGACCGGUGCUGAACACCUCGUAG